AUGCAUGUCACUGCACUGCAGAUUUACGAACCCGUCACCGCGGCGUUCAGUUUUGCGAGGAUCGUCAAUAACGUCAGACAGCGGGCUGCGAACAUUGCCUGUUAUCACAGAAAAUUAGUCACCGUACCUUGGGGAUUGGAUCAUCCAUAUUGGGUCAAUGACACAGACUUCGACCCGGAUAACCACAUAUUUGAAUACACCCUGGCAGAGCCGGGCGGAUGGUCCCAGCUGUGCGCGGCGACAGCGCGGUUACAUGCUCAGCCUCUCGAUAGAAGUAAACCUCUCUGGGAGAUGCACAUCAUUCCCCGACUCGGUGAUCUGGAUGGCGUUGCAGAUGACGCCUAUGCCAUUGUGACUAAAAUCCACCACGCUGCGGUUGACGGCUUAGCCGGUAUCAGCGUGACUGGUGUGCUUCAUGAUGUCGAACCAGAUGCGCCGCCUUUAACACCAUCCGUGGUACCCCAAGACGUCCCGCCGACACCCAUCGCGCUGCUGUAUCGUGCAACGGUAAAAGAUGCCACGCGUCCCCUGCGCGCCCUCAAUGCGUUACCUGCCUUCUCAAGAGCGAGUAACGUCCCUUUUCCGCCUGGCGCGCCACGGACUCGAUUGAAUGGGCGUGUGACCGGUCGACGCGUAUUUAACGCCUUACAUUUCCCUCUUGAACGCCUGCACGCAAUCAAAAAACUGGCACCUGGUGCAACCGUCAACGAUGUGGUCUUAACCAUCGUCGGCGGCGGCAUGCGUCAGUAUCUUCGGCGGCAUAACGAGCUACCAGGUCGCUCAUUGACAGCCAUGGUGCCUGUCAGCACACGCAAAACGCUUAAUCAAAGCGACGAGGGCAAUCGUAUUUCGCAGAUCGUGGUACCCGUGGGUACUGACAUCGGCAAUGCAGUUGAUCGCCUGCGCGAGGUGGCGAAGGCGAGUGCAGCGGCAAAGGAACAGGAACGACGCUUUGACAGUAAUACAACAGGCCUGCUUGCUGAGUUAGCCGAGCUUCCGCCCGCGCCAUGGUUGAGGUUUGCCGCGCAAACACUGCAGCCCAAGGCUGGUUUAACAGUAGCGAACACGGUUGUCACUAACGUGAAAGCGCCGCCAGUACCACUGUACAGUUGCGGUGCAAAACUUGUGCAGGCCUAUGGCACCGGACCUCUUGUGGAUGGGGACACUUAUGACGAGCUGGACACGCUGGCAACAAACGCCGUCGACGUCAUACCAGCGCAUUCUGGUACAUUGCCGCCAGAAGUAUGCACUAUCUCUGAGGUGACUAACCAUGCCGAAUAUACGAAAGCGGAUGCAGACCAGGCUGAGGCCUUUGCCGAACAGGCGCAGGCAAUUCGCGAAAAACUUAAUUUCCUGUUGAGCGCCGGCCUGUCGGAAGGUGCAGAACUAUCUCUCAAUGCCAUGGCCGAAGAGGACAUGAAUGACUUCUGCAUUAUGGUUGAUCUGGCGGAGCCCGUGGACAUUCCCGGCGUGCCCCCGCUGGAAGAAGAUAUCCGGAAACAUCUGCAUAAUUUCCUUGAUUCCGAUCCGUGGCACGCACUUGUCAUCGAUAAUGACAUUACCGUAGCCCUGGCUUCACUGGAUGCCAUUGGCGCUGAAGUGUCUAAUCGGCCCUGGUAUGAGAUUGCUCCACACCUGGUGGAGUUAAUUGCCCGCCUUCUGGAUCAGGUCAAUAGAGAGCAGCUGAUUCGAUUUGUUGGUGAAUACAAUGCCAUUGCCGAGCGGGGGGCUGCUUUGAUUUUACCGAUACAAAUCACCUGGCGGGACAUACCGCAAUCAGAUGCCGUUGAAUCCGUGAUCCGUGAGAAAGCUGACAAGCUGGAUAAGUUCUUUGACAAAAUCACCAGUUGCCGGGUGUUGGUGGAGUCUUCCCACAAACGACAUCACCAUGGCAACCUCUAUCGUAUACGCAUUGAACUUGAGGUUCCGGGAGAUCAGAUUUGUGUCACUCGGGAUGCAGGAGAUGAGCAUGCACAUGAAGACAUUUAUGUCACGCUCAGGGAUUCGUUCAACGCGGCUCGCCGACAAUUACAGGAUUAUGCCCGGGUUCGCCGUGGUCACGUGAAACAACAUAAUGGGCGCCGCGCCUCGGCUGACCUCGAAUCUGAUGAGCAGGCGAGUGAGGAAAACUCCAGUUCGGAUCACCCGUCUGAUUCAGCCUGA